UUUUUCCUCCAUUUCUCUAUCCCAUUAGGAUUUGGGGUUCACUUGCACACGCACAUGGCCAGCAAGCUUUUCGAGCCACAGAAACUGAUAUUUGAAUUGGAGUCAGCCAUGUGACUUCUGGCUUCCCAGGGACAGAGCUUAGCUGCUGCACAGUGGGACAGAAAUCUUACAUCGAUGGAUCUCAAAAUUUUCUGUACAUAAAAGACACUUAAGAAAUGUGUCAAAAUAAGGGUAUUCAGAGGUCAACAGGUAGCAUGGUUAAGGUGCUAUAUUCCCACAUGACUGACCAGGUUUGAGCCCCAGACCCAGCAGUUUGAAAAUCAUGCCAGAUUGGCCAAGGGUCACACUGAACUGCAAGCUGUUUCAGGAGCGUCUUUAGAAGUUAGCACCAUGGCAGAAGACAUCAUGACCAAAAUCCAGAACUAUAAGACUGUCCCUUUUUACAACUGCUUCCCCAACCAGAACCAGACCAGGAACUGUUGGCAGGACUACCUGGUCUUCCACCGCUGCGAUAAGACAAUGACUACUAAAGGAGGUGACAUCUCUGCGUGCAAGUGGUACCAGUGUGAAAACAAGUCCCUCUGCCCCAUAUCACGGGUUUCAACCUGGGAGGACUGCUGGGCAGAAGGCACGUUUCCUGGGAAGAUCUGAAGUGGCUUCAGUCCACCUUUCCUCUGCCCUCUGUCCUUCUACCAGGUGGUAAAAUGGGAUCAGGAUACACAGUGAUCCCUAACCUGGGGCUCUGAAUCAUGACUUAACUAAUAAUAAAAGUUCAUUGGAAAAAAAAAAGGAAAAAGAAAGAAAGAAAUGCUGGGUGCAUGUGUAUGCAUGC